GAGAGUUCUCUCCAACACACGUCAGCACUCCCCUUUGCUUUAUUCCUUUCGCAGUUCGCUCUGCCUUUUCUUCCCUUUAGCAUCCCCCCCCCCCUCCUUUUCAUGUCAGAUAGUGGUAGCCAAGACGACAGCAGUGCACCGAAGCUGCACCUCUUGAAGGACAAGUGGUGUGUCUUCUACAUCCCCGCCUCCAAAGGUGAGGACUACGAGCACCAGACGAAGGAGCUGGGCUACGUGACGAGCAUCGAGGAGGUGUACAGCACCAUCAACACCUUUCCGCCCAUCACCCUCAUGCCAAACGACGACAACCUCGUCUUCGCCCGCAACAAGAUCGAGCCGCAGUUUGAAAGCUUCCCGGGAGGGCGCCGCUUUUCAAUUUUCUGCAAGACGAAGACGCAGUGCCGCGAGGUCCUCACCUACGUGCUGGCGGUCGUGCUCGGCGAGGCUAUUAGCAAGGAGGCGUGCGGCGGCGAGUGCCCGUGCGACGUUGUGCGGGUGGGCCACAAAGGCAGCGUGAUGUACAAAGACUCCGUCCGUAUUGAGGUGUGGGCCCACGAGAACAAACACAACGCGGCGAUGGAGAAGUAUCUGAGCUCCACGCUGUCGCUCAUCCCCGGCGUGCAGGUGAGCUCGCGGCCUUUCCAAGGGUUUGGCUUCUGA